ACAAUUGUAAACCAUGGAAACCACUUCAUCUCAUCAUGACAAAGAGGGGAUUGCUUCUAGCAACGACAUGCUUGUAGCAAAGAUGCCGACUGCGUCGCCGAGUAAAUCUUUCAGCCGGGCAGACGAUAACAAAAUUAUCAUUGAUGUAGGUGGGGUAGUGUUCUCUUUGUCGCGAACAGCCAUCUUGGAUUCCCGUCACUCGGACUCAUCCUUGUCAAGGGCGGUGUUGAACGGAACUCAUUUCAAUCCAACCACCAGACAGUAUAGCUUUGAUCGUAACCCCGAGGUUUUUGGCUAUGUCGCUGACUAUAUCCGCACUGGUGAACUGCACGCGCCACAUGGGAUGUGCGGAGAGAUGGUAUGGAGGGAAUUGGAAUACUGGGGUAUUCCCAGGGAGGCCAUGUCGCCGUGCUGCAGCCAUAAACUGGGGAAAUAUUCCCGUAAACUAGAAGAAAAGGAAGCUAUUGAAAAAGAGUUUAGUCGACGAUGUGUCGAUGACGUAUGGCCGGUUGAUGGAGAGGAAACUCGAGGGAGUUGCUGCUCCAACAGAACGAAAAGAAAGCUGUGGAUGUUCUUGAAUGAGCCAAGAUCUAGCAAAGGGGCUUUGGUAUUUUCUCUGGUUUUAUUUUUACUCAUCAUAUUGAGCAUCAUCGUCAUGAUGAUCAACACCUCACUGUCGUUUCGUCAACCGUACACUACAAAUGAGACCGUCAUGGCGAAGUUGCAGAACUCCAUCUCCGCAAUGAAUAUCACCAAUGAGAAGAUAAGCAUGAGGAUCACCACUACGGGGCCAACCAUCACAGCUGUUUUGGGAUAUAUUUGUGUUGCUUUUUUCACAAUAGAGUUUAUUUUACGUCUGAUCGCCGAAAGAAACAGAUGCGCUUUCUUGCGCUCGACCUACGCUAUUUUGGACUUACUCGCACUUAUACCUAGCUUCGUCGACACCAUAAUAAAGGGCAUUUUUUUCGGUAGAGCAUUGUAUGAAAAUUAUACGUUUAUAACACUAUUUUGGGUAAGUGAGUUAUUUUUGGUGUUGCGCAUUUUGAGACUAUUUAGAUUAGCCGAGUAUUACGACGGCUUGAGGGUUUUAUUGCUCUCUCUGAAAGCCAGUUGGAGGGAACUCGUCCUUUUGGAGGCAUUUUUACUGAUAGGGAUGUCCAUAUUUGGCUCCUUAGUAUAUUACGCAGAAAUAAUGGAAGGAGAUGGAGAUUUUGGUGAAAUACUGAUUGGCUGCUGGUGGGCCGUUAUCACCAUGACAACCGUUGGCUAUGGGGACACUCAUCCAAAAUUCCCAGGAGGUUACGUUGUUGGUUAUGUGGCAGCGACUUUUGGUGUCAUUUUGAUGGGCCUACCUAUCGCUAUCAUUGCUAAUAAUUUCAGCAAAUAUUACCAGUUCUUGGCUGAAAAAGCAGAAAAGAAGAAAACUGACAAAGCCCAGGCAAUACACAACGGCAAAAUUCAAGUGAAGGAGUUUCAAACAAAGAAGGAUGGUUCGUUUAAACAUUCACAAGUGAAUCCACAGGAUUUUUGAUUUCCCUUGUCUAAAGAGAAAACACGUACAUAGGAGGAUUUAUACCACAACAGAGGAUGC